GGGGAAAGAAAAGACAAGAUAAAAUGCCCUUGGUAAGGCAAGAAACUGCUCAAAUCUUGUGAAAACAUUGCCGUCGGUGUCUUUGUUCGCACCUUCCGCAAAUCGCCUUGCGAUACUCGACUUUGUCACGUGUUGUGGUCUCCGCUAAUCACGCCCUACUAUCAACAUCCAAAUCCUUCGACUAACAACAUAAAGCCAAGCACCGCAUCCUAUCAGAAACUCGUCACUAACAAUGUCCUCACAUAUCCCUCACCUCGUUCUACCACGCCCAGGCGCAGAAUCUCUACUAUCUAACUCGCCAAUCCCUGCCCCUGUUGAGAAAUCUUUCACGUCUGCUUUCGGCACCCUGCUCCCACCGGUCCGGUAUCUCACCAACAACAAUGCAAAAGCCGCAUACUACUCGAUACCUCCAUCCUCGUCUCCAGAAUUAGACAAAAAAUCGCCCGAGCGUGUGCUCUUCAUCCACGGCGUGCAGACUCCCGCUUUAGGUAUGCUUCCGUUAGCUCGCAAGCUACAUGCAUCUAUUCCUUCGGCGCAUUUUGUAUUGAUUGAUUUAUGGGGCCAUGGACUGAGCGACACCCCAAUUGCUUCUCAUGAGGCGGGCCUAUUCUACGGGCUGAUUGACACGCUACUGGAUCAUCUAGAAUGGCCGUUUGCACACCUUGUAGGCUUCUCCUUUGGCGCAUCGUUGACAGCUGGUUAUGUUGCAUCACGGGCUACGCGUGUCCAAAACUAUGUGUUGGUUGCACCUGCGGGACUUGUCAAGCGUUCCUCUCUCACGCCGGCUGAACAAGAACAUUUCCAACAUGACUGCGACGAGGAUGCUGCGCGGCAAUGGGUCGCGACCUGGCUCGAGGGCGGAGAGCUAAUUGUCCCAUCGGAUUGGAAAGAAAGAGUUGCACGGGGAGAAGUAGUGGCCGAAGCUAUACGUGAGUGGCAGGCCCGCAAUCACCCUGGACACACGGCAUCCGUAGUCGCUAUUGUCCGGGAUGGCGGUGUGAUGGAUAACCACGAGAGUUUCGAGAAAGCGGUGGUAACAGGUGUACCCUCGAUGGUGGUGUUGGGAGAGAAAGACGAUCUGUGUACAGAACAAGAGCUACGAAACUUUGGUUUCGACAGUGUUUUCGUCGUCCCAAACGCUGGACACGGUGUGGUGCGGGACAAAGUACCAGAAGUCGCAGGGUUCAUUGUCGAGUUUUGGAGAGGAUAAAGGGAGAAGUUUCGCAAUACGCCACUCACGUCAGCACCUUCAUAAGAUAUUGAAGCCGCGUCCCAAUAUUCUUGACCGCUGUUGUCUGGACAAGGGAUUACGUUAAAUCAAUUUGCAAUGCAAUGCUUUCUUCUCAACACGUCGUCGACUCAGGAAGCCAGUCAGCU